UGUUAAUCGCUGGCAGUUCUUUUCGGACAGCCAACGCUAUCGACUACGCCCGACUUGUCCCAGGAUUACGCCCAUGGAUCUAUUGACGGUCGACAAAGCCUGCUAUCGCGAACAUCCAACAAACCCAAGAAUUUGCCCAACAGCCCGUUUCCGCCACGCCAAUUACGUAGACGACAGCGGUUAAACGCGGUGCUUGGGACCUGGCUCUUUUAUUAAUUCUCAUCCUUCUUCUUCACGGUACCACACGCAAACAGAGAAUUCCUCGGACCACGUCCUCAACGAACCAGUUGCGACAUCUUUUCUAGGCGGCAAUCAACAUGUCGGAGCUCAGGAGACGCGCUCUUACGGGAGGCAAGACGGUGUCCCGCAAGGCGCGGGCGAAGCCAGAGUCGGGCCUCUCUUCAACGAAUCAUUCCCCGAAUGGCUCUCCAGCAACCUCGCGCGCGGGCUCGAGGGCCAACUCUCGGCCCGGUAGCCGGUACGCCUCGGAAGACGAGUUUGCCAGCGACUCGGAGAACGACGACGUGAUGACCUUGAGCACCAACUCGGUCGAUGAGGAGGACGACGUGGACAAUCUUUGGGCUGAGCGGCUUCAGGACCGGAUCGCCGAGCUCCAAGAUCGGAAGCGGAGCAGCGUCCGGGGGCGUGAAGCGACGCUGGGGGGAUACAAUCACCUUCUGAAGCACCAUUUCGCCCAACGCCAGCUCGACCGCCAUGUUGCCGAGCUCCAUCCCGUCUUCCUCAGGGAUAUCAAGAGCGGUACCAGCAGCGAAGAGCGCUUGCGGGCCCUCAAGGCCCUCACCCUAACCAUCCUCACUUGUACUUCGGAAACUGUGUUCGAGCAAGCAUUCCCGGUGCUGAAAGCGGCAUGUUUUGACGCGGAAGAAGAAAACAACAAGGUGGAAGCGAUUCAUGCCCUCUGCAUCGCCGUCACGUACGGAGGGGGUUCGAUGGAAGCUGCGGAGGAGGUACUCGACUUCUUCUUGGAGAUCAUCGAGAGCGAUGGCCAGUCGGUCGGAGCACUAGACAGCGGCCCCGUGGUGACGGCCGCCCUCCAGGCCUGGGCGUUCGUGGCGAGCCACCUAGACGACCUGACGGUGCAGAGCGAGACAGCCAUCGAGGCCUUCAUGGAACAGCUCGACAGCUCGGAUCCCGAGGUCCAGACCAGCGCCGGCGUUAACAUCGCCCUUCUUUUUGAAUCGGCUCGCGACUACGAAGAGCAGACUGGCGAGAGCGUCGACAUGCAAUACAACCAGCACCGGAUCAUGACCCGGAUGGCGGAGAUCGUCCGGGACUCCUCCAAGACCGUCUCCAAAAAGGGACGGAGAAACUUGCGGGCCAACUUCUCCAGCAUCGUCACCUCGCUCGAGCGUGGCAAGGGACCCGGCUAUUCGACGGCCGGCCGGUCGGGGCCUAACCCGCACACGGGCGGGUCGAAGUCCGAUGACCACGGUGAUUUUCGAGAGUUUGGGUACCGAGAGAAGAUCCGUAUUUACAACCAGUUUCUGCUCAUCAACACAUGGUCUCUCCAUGCCAGAGCCGAGAUGUUGAAGACCCUGCUUGGCGGUGGGUUUGUAGCCCACUACCUGGAGAAUCAAGUCGUCCGGGAUAUUCUUAGCGAUGCCGAGGUCGAGUUCAUCGGAAUUAACCCGCCAAGGAAGUAGAGCAGCAGAGGGCCUUCGAUAUAUAUCCGGGGCCAUUGAUCUCAUUUGAUCAGGUUUGCUUUGUCGGUUGUGGAGAGUUUUAGAGAGGGGUUGGCAUCAUUGGAUUUCUAUUUCUUCACCUCGCUCCAGGCUGCGCUCGAGGCAAAGGCUCGGCGUGCGCACAGUCUUGGAAAUAUCUCAAGCGACAUUCAUGGUUCAACAUAACCAAUAGAGUAGAUU